UCGGCGGCCAUUGCUAAUUGCCCAUCCGCUGGAUGCCUGAAUCCGCUUUCCGGAAUCCAAACCAUCGUUAGGAUUUUAUUUUUACAGACAAUAUAAGCUCGUUAUUGACUCUUGAGCACUUCAGGCUCUGUGUAGUGAAACUCAUGUGAUUUAUUUUGAUAUUGUUGUGAGGAAAGACUACAUAAGUGCUCGAAAUAAGUAAAAUCGUGGCCAAUGUCAGCAGGCGUGUCAGAUCAGCGGAUGAAAGGCCAAGGGAAUCAAGUGACAAAUGCACCGAAAGAGCAACAGUUAGAAUCUGGCGGCGACGAGCUGGCGGAGGUGUCAUGGCGCCAUCAGCAACAACCAUCCUACGCACCACCCAUCUCGUCAGCGGCCGACCACUACAGCGCGGCAGGUUAUUAUGGUACAACAGCUCUUCCUUAUCAAGCUUUUGGAGUCGGGGAUGGGACAUGGUCUACCAAUGGAACAGAACCGAUGACUUUUCUUGGAGGAUACAAUCCUCACGAUUCUUAUGGAAUGGAUGGUAGCGUGUUUGGGCCCUCAACAACGCCAUUCUCCACGGCUGCGUUCGGACAGCCCGCUUCCUCAUUUAACUACUUUCAUGGUAAUGGUGAUUACUCUACUUGGGGCCAAAUAGGUCGUGCUAAACAAUAUGACGACUACUACAGAGCUGACGGCCUUUACGUGCCAGAUGGCGUCAAGGCGGUGGAGUCGGGCGUGCAGACGCUGUCGCUCGGCGAGCACAAGGGGGACAAGGAGCGCGGGGUCGAGCUCAAGGACACGUCUGGAGGAUCGCAACCCAAAAAGAUGACAUGGGCUUCAAUCGCUAGCCAACCGGCUAAGCCUGCUCCGACUUCCCAGACCACGGGCCUCAAGAAGAAGGGCCCCGGUAUGCCCCCACCGCCGAUCAUACCCGGCAAACACAACAUGGACAUUGGAACCUGGGAUGCGGGCAAAACCGCCUCGGUCGUGACGGCACCGCCACCGCCGCCGCAGCAGGCGCCGGCUGGUCCUCCGUCGAUGCCGAUGCCGAUGCCGGUGCCAGUGCCUGCGGUGCCCGCGGUCGCGCCUGCUCCGUCGUCGGCGCCCGCUCCGGUACCGGCCGCGGCGCCACUACAGCGGGGCCCCCCGCCCCAGCACCAGCCGCCGCCGGCGUGGGCACAGGCGCCCCGCGGCCCACCGCCGCCGCAGCACCAGGCUAGGCCCGCGAUGUCUGUGCCUCCGGCCGCGCCUCCCGCUGCGCCUCAGACUGCGGUGAUCCCGCAUCCGGUUCUUGAUGAGCUAAAGGUCAAGAAUGACUACAAUCCGAAGGAAUUCGAUCUGAGCGCACCUCAAGCCAGGUUUUUCGUAAUUAAAUCUUAUUCGGAAGACGAUAUUCAUCGCAGCAUCAAAUAUGAGAUAUGGUGUAGUACGGAGCAUGGCAACAAGCGCCUGGAUUCUGCGUUCCGCGAGCGCGAACGGGAGGGUGGUACAGUGUACUUGUUUUUCUCGGUGAAUGGUAGCGGUCAUUUUUGUGGCAUGGCGCGCAUGAUAAGCGCAGUCGACUAUAAUUCCAAUUCUAACGUGUGGUCUCAAGACAAGUGGAAGGGGCAGUUUCGUGUCAGGUGGGUCUAUGUUAAAGACGUUCCAAACGUGCAACUUCGGCAUAUCAAAUUAGAAAAUAAUGAGAACAAGCCCGUGACGAACUCUCGCGACACCCAAGAGGUGCCUCACGCGAAAGGCUUGCAAGUACUGAGAAUAAUGCAUAGCUAUUGCCAUUCGACGUCUAUUUUUGAUGACUUCAUUCACUAUGAAAGACGCCAAGAGGAAGAAGACUCGCGAAAGGUGCCGCUCCAUCAUAACAACCAAGAGAACACGCGCGAUGAGCAAGAGGUCACCCGUGGGUUCCGCAGCUACCGCGAGUAUGGCAGAGACGGUCGCGAUCCUCGCGACGGACGUGACGGCCGAGAGGUUCGCGACCAAAGAGAAGUGCGCGACCAUCGCGACCAGCGCGAUCAUCGAGAGCAACGCGAUCCUCGCGAUCAUCGUGACCCGCGGGACCACCGCGAUCAUCGAGAUCAACGCGAUCACCGUGAUCAGCGCGAUCACCGGGAUCAUCGCGAUCACCGUGAUCACCGUGAUCAUCGCGAUCACCGCGAUCAUCGCGAACCGAGGGAUGACCGCGAUGGAAGAGACAGUCGUGAUCAUGGUUUUCGUGACCGUGACGCGAACAAUUACAGACCUCAUCACAAGGAGCGCGACGGGUCCCGCGGCCGGGGACGCCCUCGCAACUGAUCGUGUGUGAUGUGCGAGAACACGUUGAGGACGGGCUUCUCCCCAUACCUAGACAAGUAGUACUCGAGUUAAUAAUUGGUACCGCAUUACACACCAGGUUUAUGUAUGUAUCGUACGUGCAUAAACGGGUAUCAGGAUUUUGACCUACUGAGACGUGACCGAUUGUUGCAUCGCAACCGGAACAGUUAUAUGUAAUAUAUUGUAUCAAUUGUUUUAAUACUUUAAACAGUGCUUCACUAAGAAAAACUUUCAACAAAUUCAAAUGUGCUAAAUAAUAUUUUGAACUGGAAGAACGU